AUGGGGGAAGAAGUAGAAAGUCCGGUGCUCGCCAUGCAGCUUCCUCCCCUACAAUGGAGGUAGCUGCAGGGAAUCAGCUCUCAUCCCCUACCCUUUCCCCCUGCGCUACUCACGUCUUGGCACACAAAAAUGACUCCGUUUUCCGAACUACACCAAGUAACUCUGCUUUCUCUCCUCCCUACCCCGAAAUCGUAGCUGGCAAAUCUUCCCCUGAAAUGUGCGGAGUGUGGAACUGCAGCUGUCCUCCAGGGGAGCUGCAACAAUCCAGAAACGGACGAAGCCCCAGGCUACGCUACAAAGCACACAGUCCAGUGUAACAGCUGCUAAUAAUCAUGUGCCCGAUCAUGAUCUGACCCUGCCAGGUCUGUAUAGGCAGGAGUAAACUGUCCAGCAGCCAGAUUAUAACGAGCAUUAAGCCAGCUAGAGACGGGCCCGGCCUUUAUUUUGAACCCAUUUCUAAUGCACUCUGAGCCUAUCCACACACUAUGUAUAGGCCAUAUGGGCAGUAUGUUCUGUAACAAAGCAGAACCAGGAAUAUUGUACCAGAGCUGUUGUCAAACUGAAUUGCUGAAAUCCUGAUGAACAGAGCCCAUGCCAGAAAUUCACUGGGAAGAGUACUGGUUAAUGAACUAUUCAGAGUUCUAGAAAGUCUCCGUUGUGAUGAAAGGAUCCGCGUGGUAGUGUUUAAAAGUGAAGUAAAAGGCGUGUUUUGUGCAGGUGCUGACUUAAAGGAGCGUGCACAAAUGAAUGAUGCAGAGGUUGGACACUUUGUUCACAGGCUGAGAAGUUUAAUGGAUGAAAUUGCUGCACUGCCUAUGCCCACAAUAGCUGCAAUAGAAGGCUAUGCAUUGGGUGGGGGAUUGGAAUUGGCAUUAGCGUGUGAUCUUCGAAUAGCAGCUUCAUCAGCUAAAAUGGGCCUGAUUGAGACCACCAGAGGACUUCUUCCAGGUGCAGGUGGAACCCAACGCCUGCCCCGCUGUAUUGGAAUAGGUCUUGCUAAGGAACUCAUUUUCACUGGCAGACAAAUUAAUGGACAACAAGCACUCUCAAUAGGAUUAGUAAACCACACAGUGCCACAGAAUGAUGAAGGGGAUGCUGCUUAUCAGAGAGCAUUAACUUUAGCUAAAGAAAUUCUUCCUCAGGCUCCCAUCGCUGUGAAAAUGGGUAAACUGGCAAUAAACAGAGGGAUAGAGGUGGAUAUUGCAUCGGGGAUGGCUAUUGAGGGAAUGUGUUAUGCACAGAAUAUUCCUACAAGAGACCGCCAGGAAGGAAUGGCUGCCUUCAGAGAGAAACGUCCACCUCAGUUUACUGGGGAAUAGCCCUCCAAGGAUUUCCUUAUUCCAGGGCAUGAUUCUUUAGGAAGUAAAAUGGAGAUGCGCACUCCUAAACUUAUUGGAAAUUAUUAAAUAUUAAAUUCUACAAGCUUAAUUCUUUGCCCUGGACACUGCUACAGUCCUGGACACUCCAUAGAAGACAGUUUUACAAGGAUAAUUAAGGUAUUGAACAGUUUCACUAACAGAAAAACAAGGCUUUUUAGACAGUAAGGCUAUGAAUGAUUAAAAUCAUAUAGGAGACUGAGAUUGUACACUAAGCUGUCAGGAGAGACAAAGCCUUUUGCUAUUGGUCCAAAUCCAGAUCAGGUUCACAGUGAAUGAAAGACCAGUACAGUGGUCCAGCUGGAAGAAUUUGUCUCAGUUCAUUUAAAGUAGGCACUAUACCUACUUGUAACUACAACAGAUAGGCCAAAUGGGUAAAUAAGUUUAAUGCCCAAACUAGCCUCUUAUACCUAGUACAUGUAGGUGUUCAGGCUUGAAAGGCAAAGCAUAGAUUGCUGUUCGUCACGGGAUUGGGCCUAAAUUAAUUUCAGAACUCACUACCAAUUUUUUUAAUGCAAAGUUACUUUGUUUCUUCUUUAUAUUGUAUGUAAACCACAAAUAAACCGUGCCUUAAUUC